GUUGCCGUCAUUGAAUCAUCGGUUUCGCCGGCCGGCGACGGCGGCGAGAUGAUUGCCUUGGCCUUGCGCUUCACCCCCAUGGGGUUGACUCUACCGCGCCUUUCCCCAGCCAUCGGAGGCGGAAGUCGCAUAUCUGUCCGCCUUCCUGCUCCCACCACCGACCUCCAGUCUCAUCUCUGCAUCGCACGCGCGGCCACGAAUGGCUCUCCCUUGGCGUUUUCCUUCCUGCGCGAGCUCCAUUUGGACGAGAACGAAGCCGAGGCGCUCCUCCUCGCGCACCCGGAGCUCGAGCUCGCGCCUCUGCCGUCCCUCCGCGACCGCGUCAUCGCACUGCGGAGCCUCGGCAUCUCCGGACUCGAGCUCAGCCGCACCGUACUCCGGCGCCCCGACGUUCUAUCGCAACCCGAGUUCGGCCUGUUCCUCGACUUCGCGCUGCAUGAGUUGAAGGGGAUCAAGCCGGCGAAGCUGGAGCAGAUUUUGACGAGUAUUCCUCUCCAGUUCCUUGAGGGCAUCGUCGGCGGAUCCACCAUGCUACUAGACCACGGCGUGCCGAGUGAUAAGCUAGGGCACGUCCUCACCCACGUUCACGUCAGGAAGGUGUUCUGCGAAAGGCCCCUGAGGGACUUGGAACAGAUGGUUCUCUUCCUGAAGCAUUACGGAUGGCCUGAAUUGGUCCUCCGCCGGCCUAUGCUUCUGAAUCUAGAUCUCCACGGCCAAUUAACUCCCAGAGUUGAGUUCCUCGUCAAACUUGGCGGCGGGGAUGCGGCCGCCGUCCGGGUCUUGCUCGCCAAAUUGCCUGCAUUGUUAUCCUACACUGUAGAGCAUUACAAGUCCCACCUGGCGUUCUGGAGAUCAGUCGGCAUCUCCAAUGAAGAGCUGUUCAAGAUUGCGAUGGUAUAUCCUAAAAUCUUCAGUGUCAGCAAGGAGCGGAAGCUCGAGCCUCGGAUCGAGUUCUUGAAGCAAUGCAAUAUGGAUGCAGUGGAUAUCUUCAAGUUCCUGGUCAAGGCUCCCCUGUUCAUGAGCCUCUCCUUCGAGGAAAACCUCUCCAAGAAGCUGAAUUUCCUUGUUAAGAUUGGUUACGAACAUCGGACUAGGGAGUUGGCGUGGGCAUUCGGAGCCACUACGAGGACGAGCUGCGAGAACAUGCAGAGAGUCAUUGGGCUCUUCCUGAGCUACGGGUUCUCUUGCGAGGACAUAGUAGUGAUGAGCAAGAAGCAUCCUCAGGUGCUGCAGUAUAACCAUGAAUCACUGGAGAAGAAAAUGGAGUUCCUCAUCGAAGAAAUGGAGCGCGACAUCAGAGAAUUACUUGUCUUCCCGGCGUUUCUUGGCUACAAGCUUGACGAACGGAUUAAGAGACGUCAUGCGACAAAAAAGGAGAUGAGUGGGAAACAGAUGCCACUUACACUCUUGAGUUUAUCUACUGAGAGGUUUCAUUGAGCUUCUGUCAGAAAUGGAGCUUGUUCUUCUUCUUGAGUUGGGUAAACAACUUUUCAUGACAAAAAAAAAGGGGGUAAAAUCUUAUGGUUCACAUGCUCUAGUAAAAAUUUACUGUCAUUGUCUUCAUUCCAUAAAAACUCAAACACACUGUCCAUAAUUCUCUCUGAAUUAUGAAAUGACACGAUACAAACUUGUUACAGGUACGAUUAUACUCUGUAUUUUUGCAGCAUAUGUAUGUCACACAAAGAAUUAUUAGUACUGAACAAGAUGGAGUCCACCAUCUGACUGUAUUUGUUCUAUAACUAUGCGUCCCCUGGGAAAGCUUCAAGGUUUGAUCGAGAAAGAUCAUGGAAUGGUCAGGGAGAAGAAAAAAAAAAAAGGAAGGUGCCUAAAAAUUCAA